AUGGUCCAAAUUGAUUAUGGCGAAUGGUAUUCUAGACUCCGUCGUCUUGCCAACAAGUAUAUUGUUGAGGAAGGUUGUAAAAUUGAUGAAGAAUCGGAAGACGAACUUUCUUAUGAGAGGAAGCCUGGUGAAUAUAUAAGAUCUCAAAGUCUUCCAAAUAUGCAUAUUUCAUUUGCACCUUCUGAAAUGACGACGGAACUUGAACAUCUCCCAAAAAAGAUUCUAUCUAGCGAAUCUCUUGAGUAUGAUGGGGAUUUGGAUUCCAAAUGUGAAUCUGUUGUUCAAAUGAGUGAUGAAAGUUAUGACGAAGAGUUGAUGUACAAACUGACAAACACCGAUUAUAUUUUUCGGGAGUACAAAAGAAUUAAACGACUCUAUAGAGGAUCGUCAUACGAGUCAUUAGCGGAAGAUAUGAAUGGAAUGUUUAAUGUUGAGGAAAAUGAUGAAGAACGUGACUCUGGUUAUGUGAAAGUGGAUGGCCGUUGUUCUUCAGAUUUGAUGGAAGAAAAGGUAUCCAAUGAUAAAUCGGAGAUGAAAAUGAGCAUGGUACAUGAAGUGGUUAAUGAAAUUGGUGAUAAAAGUAUUAAUGUUCCUCCUCAAUAUAUGGAAAGCCAUCAAGUCCGUCUUCAGUCAGGAAAAUCAGAACGAAUAGUGAAGAUAUUAGAUUUACAAGACCUGGGCUCUUUGCUGUUUGUUGGACAGAAAGGUACCGUUGUAUUUCGCAAUCUAAAUCUUCGAAAGGAACAAUGUGUCAGAUGGGAUUUGUGUUCCAGUUUUCAGAAACAACAGUUCUCUUGCCUAAAAACAAGACGCAACGCAUUCACUGUCACAGAUGCUUCUUAUUUGGAAGCUAGCCAACACUACUGUCUAGCAACUACCAACAGAACCUUGCAUUUCAUGCAUGCAGCGCCAUCAGCUCAUUGGGAAACUUUUAGAGUUGUUGAUCUUCCUACUGUACCCACUUGCCUUGAAAACAACUUUCAAGAAAAGAAUUCUCGAUCAACGAAUGAACUUUUUGUUGGGGAUCAUGUUGGAAAUGUGUACGUCUUUACAUUCUUCUUCCCACGUACAAUGUUGUUCUCAAGGAAUUUCACACUAGGGACGCAAAGGAUAUCUUUUAAGGAUUUGGAAGACCACAGGGAUUACAUCAAAUGUAAGAAAAUGGUAAAAGUACAUAAUGAUCUUAUUGAUAAAAUCAAAUAUGUGGAAUGUGGUCAACUUUUCUCCACUUCUAAGCUGGACACGGCAAACUGCUUAGUUCGUCAAGACCUGACACUAGAGAAUUCGCGACAUGUAUACCGCCACAGAAAGGGUAUUACGUGUUUUGAUGUGAGCUUACCUCUAAAACUGAUUGUCACCGGAAGUAAAGAUUUCAUUGUUCGUAUGUGGAACAUGCAUGAAACAGCUAAACCUUACAUGAAGUUAACAGGUCAUCGAGCCGUUGUUUCGGAUUUGUGUUUUACAGAAAAACUUCUGAUUUCGAUUUGCAAAGAAGGGGAAUUUCGAAUAUGGGAAAUAUCAGAAGGAAAUCUAUUGCAAAGUAUAUCCAUAAAGUUUUCAUAUAGUCACGUGCAAUCACAACUUGGGAGAACGUACAUCUUACAUGCUCCCGCGAGAUGCAAGGACGAUUGCUUUGUCUCAAUGUCAGAUUGUACUGUCAAAGUGAAACUUCCUGCAGAAGAAUUUUAA